AUGCUGUUGCCGCUGCUGCGGGGAAGCUGCUUCCCUCCCUCCUCUCCCAACGGCGGCGGCGGCGGCGGCGGCGGCGGCGGCGGGGACGGGGGCGCCGGGGCCCGGUCGGCGGCGCAGCUGCAGCGCGGGGCCGAGCGGGCGCCGCAUGUGUGUAUGGAUCCGGGGGCCGCGCUGCACAGGCGGGCCGGGGGCGGCGGCGGCCUGGGCACGGGCUCCCCGGCGCUGUCGGGCGGCCAGGCCCGGCGGAGGAAGCAGCCCCCCAGGCCGGCCGACUUCAAGCUGCAGGUCAUCAUCAUCGGCUCCCGCGGCGUGGGCAAGACCAGCCUGAUGGAGCGCUUCACCGACGACACCUUCUGUGAGGCCUGCAAGUCCACCGUGGGUGUUGACUUUAAAAUCAAAACCGUAGAGCUAAGAGGGAAGAAAAUUAGAUUACAGAUCUGGGACACAGCAGGUCAGGAGAGAUUCAACAGCAUUACCUCAGCUUAUUACAGAAGUGCCAAGGGGAUCAUAUUAGUCUAUGACAUCACCAAGAAAGAGACAUUUGAUGAUUUGCCAAAAUGGAUGAAGAUGAUUGAUAAGUAUGCUUCCGAAGAUGCAGAACUGCUCUUAGUCGGAAAUAAGCUGGACUGUGAAACUGACAGAGAAAUCACCAGACAGCAAGGCGAAAAGUUUGCACAGCAGAUAACUGGGAUGCGGUUCUGUGAAGCAAGUGCCAAGGAUAAUUUCAAUGUGGAUGAAAUAUUUCUGAAACUUGUUGAUGACAUUCUGAAAAAGAUGCCUCUGGAUAUUUUAAGGAAUGAAUUGUCCAACAGUAUCCUCUCGUUACAACCAGAACCCGAGGUUCCGCCAGAACUGCCUCCUCCGAGACCACAUGUCCGAUGCUGUUGAUUUGCUACUUCGGAGACGUGGUGGAAAUGAUUCCUGGGAAGGGGAAGAAUGUUCUAUUCUGCACUACAAUCAUUUUGACAGUUUCCUUUCGCACUUUGUAAUCCAAGUCAGAGCUAUACAGUAACUUGUAAAUAUGCAAAUAUGCAAUCCUGGGUAAAGUUUGGUUAUAAUUACAUAUUUCCCUCCAAAUUAUUAUAUUCAUUGUCCCAGUGUCUAGUUACAUGGCCUGGGAAACGUAGUACUUCUAAUAUGAAGAAUGGGAAAGUUGAAAGGUAUCAUGUUUCUUGAGAUAAAUAUUACAAUUGUCCUUGUUAAUUAUAUUCUGAGGACAGAAGAUAUUCUGAUAAGAGAAAAUGUGGUGCUUUGCUUACUGUUUUAAAGAAAAUUUGUAAAACUAAAGACUUUUUGAAAAAAGCUAUCUUAAGUGCUUUUUCUUUAUUUAGAAGAGAUUUUCCCCACAGCUGUAGCAUCUUUGAAGUAUUGGAGUAUUUCUGCACAAAGCAAAGCUCCCGUAUAGCAGCCAUUGGUUAUUUAUUAGUGUUCUGUGUGGUAGGCUAUUAUAGUUAGAGGUCCCCAGGCCACAGAGCCGCCAUCUUGGUUUCCUAACGACAUGCCCUGUACUUAUAAGAACUCUAAAGAUUCAAUAAAGAAAGAGAUGUUUUUGAAACUAUAGAAGAUUUUAAAAUAACGCUGCUGUCCUAAACAAAUCCUGUUUAAAGGAAUUUUAAAGAGAUACAUUUUACUAUAUCAAAGAACAUACAUGUAUAUGCCUAAACAUUCUGUACCUUUGUAAUGAUAAAGCUUUUCUCCGUAUGGUGGAGCUUAUGCCUAUUAAGCCUGGAUGUGUUCAGUUUUUUUUUUUUUGGUCUGAUAAUGAAUUUGUGAACUCUUAUCUUUGAUAUAUCUUUUAAACUUCACUGUUUUGUUUAGUCAAAGUAAAUAAGCAAUUACGUAUUUGAAUAACUUGGCGUGUCUUGAAUGUUGUGGUAUUGAAGAGCAUUGUGGUCUUUCUACACUAAUGAAGUGCAAAUAAAAUUUUGUAUUUAUGAAUGA